AUGAAGUGCAAGCCGAACCAGACGCGCACCUACGACCCCGAGGGCUUCAAGCAGCGGGCGGCGUGCCUGUGCUUCCGCAGCGAGCGCGAGGACGAGGUGCUGCUGGUGAGCAGCAGCCGGUACCCGGACCGCUGGAUCGUGCCCGGCGGCGGCAUGGAGCCCGAGGAGGAGCCUGGCGGCGCGGCGGUGCGCGAGGUGUACGAGGAGGCGGGCGUCAAGGGGAAGCUGGGCCGGCUGCUGGGCGUCUUCGAGCAGAACCAGGACCGCAAACACCGCACCUACGUGUACGUCCUCACCGUCACCGAGCUGCUGGAAGACUGGGAGGACUCGCUGAGCAUCGGCCGGAAGCGCGAGUGGUUCAAGAUCGAGGAUGCCAUCAAGAUCCUGCAGUGCCACAAGCCCGUGCACGCCGAGUACCUGGAGAAGCUGAAGCUGGGCGGCUCCCCGACCAAUGGGAACUCGGUGGUCCCGCCGCUGCCUCCGCCCGAGAGCCAGCCCCAAUGAGCAGUAAAGAUGUUCGGGAAUCAUUGAUGUGAAUCCACUGCACGAUGGAUUUGUCAACUUCUACCGUUCCCAAGGAGACAGCUCAUCUGGUUUUCCUCUUACAUCUUGGGACAUUCCUUCCCCGUCUAUUCCACUGACUCUUCUUGCUCUGGUUGUUGUACUGUUGUACGUGAACAGACUUUAACUCAGCACCUAUAGCCUUUUGUUGUGCUUUUCUGAUGUGUCUGCCUUUGCCAUUAGACUGUAUCUUUGAACGCAAAGACUAUUUUUCCUUACUCUGCAUUUUCUGCAUCUGAGACACUACUUGAAAUAUGGUUGGCAUCACUGAAGGUCUUUGAUUCAAUUAAUAUUUUGUAAUCCCUGUGUGGCAAAACAUUCCCCUCCCAAUCUGGUGCUAGUAGAGUAUAUGCUGUCUAAGCACCAUACAUGUGGCUUUUGUGAUUCAGGUGUUUCAGAAACAUUUCAAGACAGUUUAAGAUGUUCAAGUGACACAAAUUAUUACUCUUAUUUCUAUGUCAUACCGCACAGUGGCUUGCACAGUUUAAAGAAUAUGCCAUCACUUAAGGCAACAUUUUGUAGAAUCAGUCCUUCGUGUAACAACUUUAGUGUUUUUGUACUGUUGUUAAUUUGCUUAAAAUUUUAUUCGAAAAAUCACUUGCUAUAAAGGUAAUUGUAAGAAUACAAUAAACAAGAUAUUGUUGCAUUUUUCUAAAAAUUUAAAAUAUAGAUAAUACAUUUAAUUUUGUUCACAAUGCCCUAAUCACUACUUACAUGCCAUCUUAACAUCUUAAGGAAGAAAACAUAGCUUUUCUCACUUUGCAGAUUCAAUAUAAUGUAUUAUCUAAUACCAGAGAAAGGAAAGACUGCAUAGAUUGGCACUUUCAAAGUUAAUUUUGCCAUUUAGUUUGCCUAGGUUUCUUUUGCCUCUAAUGUUCCAGUUGGCUGUGGUUUCUAAACCUUUUCUAUAUACUCAGCUCGCUUUUCCUCCCACCUGCUUUCAGUAUGUGAAAAUUCAGAUGGCUCUGGUGGAACACUACACUGUCACUUAGAAAAGACCAUUGGGAAAGACGUUGCUGUGUAAUGAGGGAACAGAAAAUGAAGGAUUUGAAGAGGGGACGUGGGUCGGCUGCUUCUAGGAGCACAAGUUUAAGAGAAGUGCAGACAUUCAUUGAGUUUGGCCAUCCUGAGGUUUGUGAUGUCAUCACUCUUCUUCAGCUCCUUGCAAAGGCCCCAAAGUGGCUCUUAAUAUGGUCAUUUUUUUUCCUUUUACAUUAUAAAGCAAUUACCUUGGGUAAAGCUUGAACUCCGUUUCAGUGUUAGAACUUGCUUCAUGGUACUAGUGAAGUGUAUUGAUUGUGUCUCAAAAUCUUAACAGGAUUUGAAAUAAAAACAUAUCCUACAAUUUGUUUUUAAGUGUGAUAUGGUCAGUACUGUGGUCAUGGUUUUUUUUUAAAUUCUUUUAGAGAAUGUUCUGAAAAAUGGACAGAUAUGGUAUUGCUAUUUGCUUCAGUAUAAUCUGAGGGUGGGGUAGGUGAGUGCAUAGGUGGAAUAAGAUUGGUUCUGAUUUUAUUAUUAUUGAAGUGGUGUGAUGGAUGUUUGAGAAUUCAUUAUACUAUCCUCUAUACUUUUGUAUAUGUUUGAAAUUUUGUGUAAUAAAAAUUCAAAAAUGUA